AUGGGACUCUUUGAUAAUUUGCCUGUUCCUCAAGAUAAAGCGUAUUUAAGAGAUGAUCUUGAGAAUGUAGAUGAGAGCUGGACUGUGGCACGAUUUGAUUCGUUACCUCAUGUUGUCCAUAUCUUGACCUCAAAAGAUCGAGAUGCAGAAGUCCAAACAUUGAAAGACCAGAGUGAUAUCGUUGAGGAAGUUGUGGAUGAAGUUGUUCAAACUUAUCAUGGUGGAUUCAACAGAGCAAUUCAAAAUUAUUCACAAAUAUUACGGUUAUUUAGUGAGUCUACUCAAAGCAUCCGGACACUUAAAGUUGAUCUGGGCAAUGCAAAAAAAGUCAUUAGUGCUCGCAACAAACAGUUGCAUCAGCUUUGGUAUCGAUCCAUGACAUUGAGACACAUUAUCUCCUUGUUAGAUCAAAUUGAAAACAUAGCUCAGGUCCCAUCUCGUAUUAACAAGCUUAUUGAUGACAAUCAGUUUUACGCAGCAGUCCAAGUUCAUGUUCAAUCAUCUAGAAUGCUUGAAAGAGAGGGACUUCAAACAGUUGGUGCUCUUCAAGAUGUCCGAUCUGAGCUGACAAAAUUGCGGGGUGUUCUCUUUUAUAAAGUGUUGGAAUCUUUGCAUGCUCAUCUUUAUAAUACUGGUGAAUAUAGCUCAGCUACCCCUAGUAUGAAUGAGAAGGAUGAUGCUAUUCCAACCACCACAGUUGCUGCAUUUUCAAUGAAUCAUUCACAGUCUCUUUCCCGGAGAACCAGAUUGCAGAAAGGCGACAGUCACGUUGGAAUUGCCAGUUCCGUUGAUGGAGGUUCCUCAUAUGAUGGCCAUGAUGAUGAUGACAAUCAAGAUAGUGCUGACAUGAAGAAUACUGCUCGUCUUCCAACAUGGCUUACUGAAUCCACUCCUGAUGAAUUUGUUGAAAUAAUGAGAAAAAGCGAAUCUCCUAUUCAUGUGAAGUAUCUGCAGACUAUGGUUGAGUGCCUUUGCAUGCUUGGGAAAGUUGCAGCUGCUGGUGCUAUAAUGUGCCAAAGAUUAAGACCUACAAUUCAUGAGGUUAUUACAUCAAAGAUCAAAGCACAGGCAGAAUAUGUAAAUUCUUGUAGAGCUGGUGUUGGGCAGGCUGCCCGAACUGCUACAACAGGUCUUCAUUAUGUAAAAGGGCAGUUGCAGAGCUACCAGUUACCAAAACAUAAACAGAAAAACGGAUCAUUGUUAGCUGGAACAUUAUUGGCAGUUAGCCCUGUGUCACCUGUGAUGGCUCCCAUGGGAGCUGCACAGAAUGCAGCAAAGGAACUUCUUGAUUCUAUUCUAGAUGCUAUUGUUCGGAUAUUUGACAACCAUGUGGUUGUUGGGGAGCUUCUUGAAUCAAAAUCUUCUCAAAAAGCACCAAUGAACACACCGAAAUCCAUGGUGACUGAGAUAUCUGGGAACCCUGAUUCUGAAUCAUCUAAGGACACAGGAGGCUACACUAUUGGCUUUUCCAUGACUGUUCUACAGAGUGAAUGCCAACAACUCAUUUGUGAGAUUCUGCGAGCAACUCCUGAAGCUGCAUCUGCUGAUGCUGCUGUUCAAACAGCUAGACUUGCAAACAAGGCUCCUUCAAAAGAAAAAGGGGAUAAGACAGAAGAUGGCCUUACAUUUGCCUUUCGCUUCACUGAUGCUUCAGUAUCCAGCCAAGGUGCUGAUUUGAUUCGACAAGGGCGAAAUAGGAAAGGUCAAAAUGUCCAAGAGGGUUAUGGUUCAUCUUCCCUCCUACCAGAACAAGGCAUAUAUCUAGCAGCAUCUGUAUACCGACCUGUUCUACAAUUUACAGAUAAAAUAGCUGCAAUGCUGCCUCAAAAGUAUUCUCAACUAGGGAAUGAUGGAUUGUUGGCAUUUGUUGAAAACUUUGUAAAAGAUCACUUCCUCCCAACUAUGUUUGUAGAUUACAGAAAAGGCGUGCAACAAGCAAUAUCAAGUCCCGCUGCAUUUCGCCCUCGAGCAAAUCCUGCUACUGCUUACACCCCAUCAGUUUCCAAGGGUCGACCUGUCUUACAAGGACUUUUGACCAUUGAUUUUCUCGCAAAAGAGGUGCUUGGGUGGGCACAAGCAAUGCCAAAAUUUUCUGGUGACCUUGUGAAGUAUGUGCAAACUUUUCUUGAAAGAACAUAUGAAAGAUGUCGGGCAUCAUACACUGAGGCAGUUCUUGAGAAGCAGAGUUAUAUGCUUAUUGGAAGACAUGACAUUGAAAAUCUGAUGCGACAUGAUCCAGCAAGUGCAUUUUUGCCAACUUCACUUGCUCAUGCUCAUGCUCAUGCUCAUGCCAAUGGAGAUAAUCAUAUUGCUGAUGCUGAAUCUGAUGGGGUUGAAUUGGAAAUCAGUGCUCUUCUCAUGAAACUAAGGCCAAUCAAACAGGAGUCCUUAAUUCGUGAUAACAACAAACUUAUAUUGUUGGCAUCCCUUAGUGAUUCAUUGGAGUACAUUGCCGAUUCUAUAGAAAGGUUUGGAAAUGCAUCAGCAAAAGCAUCUGAUGAAGAAGUGGAACAAGAGCAGAAGGAUGUUAAGCCGACACCUGGGCAUGGGCAUCAUAAACGAAAUGCUAGUGUAGCUCAUAAGGACCUGGCAUCAUUUGCUGAUGAUUACAGAAAGCUAGCAAUUGAUUGCUUGAAGGUUUUACGUGUUGAGAUGCAGUUAGAAACAGUUUUCAAUAUGCAGGUAAUGGCAACACGGGAAUACUUGGAGGACCAAGAUGCCGAGGAACCUGAUGAUUAUGUUAUAUCUCUAAUCACCCAGAUAACUCGUAGAGACGAGGUAAUUGGUCCUUUCAUUGCUCCAACAAAACGAAACUAUGUAUUUGGUGGAAUCUGUGCUGUUGCAUCACAUGCAUCCAUCAAGGCUUUGGCGGAGAUGAAACGCAUCAAUCUUUUUGGGGUGCAGCAGAUAUGUAGGAAUACAAUUGCAUUAGAACAGGCUUUGUCUGCGAUCCCAUCAAUUGAUAAUGAAUCAGUGCAAAUGAGGUUAGAUCAUGUGAGAACUUACUACGAGCUGCUAAACAUGCCAGUGGAGGCAUUACUUGCCUUUGUUACAGAGCAUGACACAUUAUUCACUGCCAUAGAGUACUAUAAUCUUCUAAAGGUGCAGGUACCUGGUAGGGAAGUUCCAGAUGAUGCCAAAGGUAGGAUGGCUGAGAUCUUGCCUAUUUAA